AUGGACCACACUGCAGAUGGUCCGCCCGCGGGGCAUGCCCCACUAGAGCCGAUUGCUAUUGUAGGCAUGGCGUGUCGCCUCCCUGGAUCUAUCACAUCCCCCGCGGAUUUCUGGAAUGUGCUGAUCAACAAGAAAUCUGCCCAAACCCCGUCCGUACCUAAAAGUCGGUUCAACAUCGACGCCUUCUACCACGAAGACCUGCAUAGACCGGGGAGUUUGAAUGUUCGCGGAGGCUAUUUUCUUGACGGCAACCCUCAUGACUUUGACCCCAGUUUCUUCGGCAUGUCGCCAAUUGAAGCCAUGUGGCUAGACCCGCAGCAACGACGGAUCCUGGAGGUUGCAUAUGAAUGCCUCGAGAACGCCGGCCUGACGCUGGAGGACGUGGCCGGAAAAGACAUCGGAGCGUUUGUCGGCUGCUUCACUUCGGACUACCAGCAACUGCUCCAUCGAGAGCCGGAUUUUCGACAUGAAUAUUCAGCAACCGAAAUGGAUCCCGGCAUCAUGAGUGCAAGGAUUUGUAAUGUGUUUGACUUGCACGGACCAAAAACCAGCGCCGUCAUCAAUACUGCUUGUUCGUCGUCCAUCACUGCGAUCAAUCAGGCCUGCCACGCUCUGCAAGGCGGAGAAUGCGAUGGUGCCAUUGCGGCAGGUGUGAAUCUAAUUAUUUCGGUCGAUCAGCACCUCAACACCGCCAAGUUGGGGAUCCUGUCGCCAACAUCUACCUGUCACACGUUUGAUGCUGCCGCGGACGGAUAUGGCCGUGCUGAAGGCGCGGGUGCUAUUUAUCUGCGCAGACUCUCUGAUGCGGUUCGCGAUGGUAAUCCAAUUCGAGCAAUCAUUCGCGGCUCGGCCGUUAAUACAAAUGGAAAGGUUAAAGAUCAGGGCAUUACUCACCCAAGUCUCGAGGGUCAGGAGCGGGUGCUUCGGGCCGCUUAUAGGAGAGCCGGCCUGGACCCAAUCGACACACUCUAUGUUGAAUGCCAUGGAACGGGCACACCCAUUGGGGACCCCAUCGAAGUGCACGCCGUUUCGAAAGGAAUGAAUGAUCGACGCAGCAGCGAACCACCUCUGCGGCUGGGAGCAGUCAAAGCAAAUAUCGGUCAUAGUGAGGCCGCCAGCGGUAUCUUCGCCGUGAUUAAAGCAGCUCUGGUUGUGGAAUCCGCCAUCAUCCCAGGGAUAGCAGGGUUCAAGACUCUCAAUCCAGCUAUAAAAGAAGCGGAAUGGCAUAGCCCACUGACUCGGAGGGUUGGUGUAUCGUCGUUCGGAUAUGGUGGCACCAACGGCCAUCUAAUACUGGAGGCCGCGCGGUCUGACCACGGACAGGAAAGGUCCAAAGCCGGAUAUAGGACCUCGGCUUCUCGUGAUAUUCUGAGGAAUAUCAGAGCGCACGCUGGUCUCGCCGAGCGCUAUUACGUGCACGAUCUCGCCUACACGCUCAAUUGUCGCCGGACGCACUUUUCACACAGAGCAUUUACCAUCGCCCAAGAUGGCCGUGACUCUGCAGAUUUUGACAUAUCGGCCUUCGAGUCCCUGGACGAUUGCCUGCAGAGCUUGCAGCCAUCGGGAGCCUGGUCGCUAGAGGAGGCCUUGUCAGGGAGCAUGGUUUCGGAACGUAUGGCUGAGCCCGAUGUUGCACAGCCACUAUGUACCGCAGUUCAGAUCGCCAUUGUUGACCAGCUGAGAAAGUGGGGGAUCGUUCCCUCCGCUGUUGCCGGUCACUCAUCGGGGGAGAUUGCUGCAGCAUAUGCAGCCGGCUUGUUGUCUGGCCCGGAGGCCUUUGCCGUGGCUUUCUAUCGUGGACUAGCCGUGGCACAGGGAAGCCCCCAAGGAUCGAUGCUUGCUGUGGGACUCGGGGCCGAGGCGAUCGAUUCUUACAUUUGCGAUACGGAUGUCGUUAUUGCAUGCGAAAACUCUGCCGAGAGCGUGACAUUGAGCGGCUCAGCGACUGCGAUUCAGCAGGUUCGAAUGAAGCUUGCGGCUGCUAAAGUAUUUGUAAGAGAGCUGAAAACAGGCCAGCCUUAUCACUCACCUGCAAUGAGUGUCGUGGGUCCAAUCUAUGAACGACUCCUUACCGGGGCAAGUCCAGAGACUGGUUCGUCUGCAACCUCACUACGGCUCUCCAAGGUCCCAAUGAUCUCUUCUGUGACGGGGCAUCAAGUCCAUGAGGCAGAUAUCAACCCUCAAUACUGGGUAGGGAAUCUAACUAGCCGGGUUCGCUUCCAUACAGCGGCAGCGGAGCUGUGCAGUCUGGAAGACCUGAAGGGAUUGAAUCACCUAGUGGAGAUUGGACCCCAUUCAGCCCUUGCUGGACCGCUGAAACAGAUCAUCGCGAGCAGCAAGCUGGAAGCACACGUCAAGUAUAUCCCGGGCUUCGUCAGGGACUCUAAUUCGUGCACCGACUUGCUGCGGACCACCGGGCGUCUGUUCCUCGCCGGCCACGGUGUCAGCAUGCAGGGCAUAACCGAUGAUCUAUCUAAUGAGCCGAGACCUCGGCUGCUGGUUGAUUUGCCCCCAUACCAGUGGAAUUAUGCAAAGGAGUAUUGGCGGGAGCCGAGGGUGAGCCAAGAGCAGCGUGAGCAAUCCGCGCCUAGACAUGAUCUGCUGGGGAGACGAGUUGCCGGCCUCUCCAAUGAGACUUAUAUUUGGAAAAAUAUCCUACGAGUUCGAGAUGUGCCAUGGCUGAGGGAUCAUAGCGUUGGAAGCGAACUUUUGCUGCCGGCCUUGUGGCAAAUCAGCGGUACCGCAUUCAGUCCCAGUCAGGGGCUUGUGAUACCGGAGAGUGAUCACGGGAUUGAGCUGGUGACCCGACUGUUGCCUCAGAGUGGGAGUGAACCGGGCUGGUAUUCAUUCACCGUCGAGACCAAUCUCGACAAACACUGGAAGACCCAUUGCAGAGGGUAUGUAUCGGCCAGUAAGACCCUCCAACUGAAUGCGCAUCCGUGGUAUAAGACAUUCAACCGAUGCCUAGGAGAGGUCAGAUCCAACGGGCGGGACCUCGCAGCCGCUAGUAAGAUCGAACUAAAGACACACAGUGGCAUGAUGGAUGGUGAGUCCAGGUACCUCCUGCACCCGGGGGCCAUCGAUACCUGCCUCCAGCUUGCCAUCAUCUCGUUCGAAAGAGGGCGAUAUAAAAUCAUGCCGUUCAGUACGAUUCCGCAACGAAUUGAGGAGAUGACCGUUGCCUCUCCCGGCGAAGAAACAGAGGGAGAUGGGUUCGCAUGGACGGACGAGUGCCGGAACCCUUUCUUCAGUUCCAACAUACAACUCUAUACCUCGGGUGGUCUCCCCAUCUUGGAGUGUAAGGCGGCUCGAUUCAAAGAGCACGACAUGAGCUUGGGCAGUCGGUCGACAGCCGUCAUCUCAGAUCAACGGUACAUGCGAAACCAAUGGAAGCCCGACAUCGAUUAUGCUGCAGAGACUUUGAGACAUACAUCCUACAAAUCGGUCCAGCAGGCCGUGGUCACAUUGAUUCAGCUGAUUGAUCACAAGCGACCAGUUCAAAGAGCGGUACUAUUUGCAGAAGACGACCAAGAUCUUAUCGAAACCGUGGCCUCUCAGUUCCCCGCCAGUGGUAGCCUGACGGUAGCGGAGACACACGCAAGCAAGAUGGAAGAAAGAUUGAUGAUCGGCAGAAAAAGCAACGUAAAAGUAGUCCCUGUCUCGCGGGAGAUUUCUCCGUGGUCAUCCAGCUUGCCAACCGGUCCAGAUCUUAUCAUUUGCAAGGGACAGUGGGGUUCGCAGACGACCCGAGCCCUACAGGCUAGGCUCCAACCCGGUGGUCGUUUGUUAAUACUACAAGAUGCAAUGCCAGAGGACGGAUGCCUGGACCGUUCUUGCGGCUCCUCCAGGCCUGUGUUAAAGCUCCCCGUCUCCGGUUUCGAGCUGUUGCUCUCCCGAGAGUCAAACAACGAAGAGAGCCGAGAGCUGGAGGAGAAACCAGUCACCUUCGUGGUCAAAGAGAAUACAGAUCAACUUCUACUCAGGGAACUUGUCAGGAAAUUUGACGAUCAGCCAAGCGUGAUGAACCUAAUGGAUUUCUACGGGACCUGCCAUGAACCUCAUGGUACCAUGGUAAUGCUUGAUGUGGAUGGGAGUAUACUCUCCAGACCCAAUGAGACACAAUUGGAUGUGAUCAAGAGAUUGGUCCUCUCCGAGGGAAUUGCUCUUGUCUGGGCAACGUUUGGGGUUCAUCAAGGACGCACUGUGGAAGGCGGGUUGAGCUUGGGCUUCUUGCGUGGAGUCAGAUCUGAGCAUCCCGGGGCUCAGAUUACAUCGUUAGAUGUCGAUUGGGAGGAGAGUUCUCAUAGCAUUAAACAGGCUCUUGUGGCGGUCUUGAAAUCCGCGGCACCGCUGAGUUCUGGUCAAGAGACGGAAUUCUGGCUUCACGGCGACAUCCUGCACAUUAAUCGAUUGAUUCCAUGGGCAUGUCCUGGUAUAUUUCGAGGCCGAACCGUUUACCUGCCACCCAACACGUCGCUGGCAAGCGCGUCUAUCAACGGGGAGAUGGUCUUCAAGACCAUAGAAGACAUCCAGAGAGAUGUCGGGCCCCAUGAAAUAUGUGUCCAGGUAGAAAUGACAGAACUGCAGGAGUCACCCGAAAAAAGCGUCAAGCAGCCUGCGAUUGUUGUCGGUCAUAUCCUUGGUAAUACUGAGGGAGCUGCAGGUCGCCAGGUAGUCACCUUUGCGAGCCAGAAUGGUUAUUCGACAAUUGUGAGGACGAAGAAGAACUUGUGCCUAGCAUGCGAUGAUCUCGAACCAGCGGGUAGAGCCCAAAAGAAAGACCAUAUUGUGCUCUUGCAUAUGCCCUUGGCAUUUGUGCAAAUGGCCACACUCAUCUGCCAAGGACUGGGUGCUCAGCUUACUGUAAUUGUGAGGACGCUGGAAGAGAGGACCCGGUUUGAUCGAGACCCGCUACUUGGCUCUGUCUCAAUUCUUGCGGUCCAAGACCCAUCAGUAUAUAGCACGACGCCACCGGGCAAAGGUACCUGGGGGAAACCAUCAUUGCUCAUUUCCAAUUCUCUGUCGCCUCUUGCUCGGGAGGCAUGGAAACACAUCUCCACGGCGGGGCGCUUUGUGCUAUGCGAUGGAGAAGUGGGGGGGACACUCGACCCAUCCCCCUUUAGCAGGGGUGCUUCUUUCCUAACUAUCGGCCACAACUAUCUCGCGGAAGGACUGACCUUUCUCCGGGAGAACAAGGAUGCCUGGCCAACACAUGUGCAGGUGUAUAGCAUUGAUAAAUUGCCCUCCCAGUCUAGCAGCCAACAGCCGAGUGGACUGGCGCCUUCAGAAGGUGCCGCUGUGGUGCGAUUCCGAUAUGGCGAAAGUGUCAUUAAGAUGCAACCCUCAGUCAUCCGACCUCGCUUUUCUCCAGAGGCUGCCUACUUGCUGAUUGGAGGACUUGGUGGACUUGGAAGCAGUUUGGCCCGUUGGUUGGUCGAGCGAGGGUGUCGACAUUUCGUCUUCGUGUCCCGCUCUGGCAUGACGCGACCAAAGGCUGUCGAAAUUGUCUCGUGGAUUGAAAAUGCCGGGGCUACGGCAGAUAUGAGGGCCAUAGUCGCCCGGGUGGCACAGGAGCACCCGAUCCGCGGCGUGGUGCACGCUGCCAUGGUACUGCAGGACGGCUUGCUGCAGGGAAUGACGCCAGCCCAGUACCACGCUGCCGUCACACCCAAGCUUAUAAUUGCCCAAGUCCUUCACUCGGUUCUUGCCAGCGCCCCCUUGGACUUCUUCGUCAUGACUAGCUCGAUCUCUGGCGUUCUGGGCACUCCAGGGCAGACCAAUUACAAUGCCGGCAACAGCUUCCUGGAUGCGUUCGCGACGUAUCGUAGGGCCCUCGGGCGACCCGCCUGUUCGAUAGCGCUGCCCAUGAUUCUGGAUGUUGGAGUCGUGGCAGAGAACGAGAGUAUCGAAGAAUCUCUCCUUCGACUGGGGAUCUAUGGGAUCGACGAGAUUGAGAUGCUAGAUGGGCUUGAACUCGCCAUGUCUCCUAACGGUCCCAGCCACCUUGUGCUGGGGCUUGACCCCAUCCGGCUGCACCAGACUGCUACUGGCACGCGCAUGUUUUGCCACCUGGGUGGGUUGCUAUCCAACGGAGACUCAAACGACCAUGAAACCUUGCUCAUGUCUAUCGGGGGGCGGAUCGUGCAAAAAUGCGCCGACAUGCUGGCGCUUGACCCGGGCGACAUCGCGUUUGAUCAACGGUCGGUGGCCUCGUAUGGUCUGGACAGCAUGAUCAGCGUGGAGCUGCAACAGUGGCUACUUGCGGAGUUUGGGCUGAAAUUGAGCUUUCAUACUUUCACGAGGCCUGAGGUGACGUUUAAGGCACUGGCGGAACAAGCUCUCCAGUCACUGGGUUGGAAGGGUGACCAAGACGAUCUUUGCACUUAAUGUGAACCAUUAGGAGAAG